GCCCCUCCAGGGCCGACUGCCGUGCUCAGCCCGCACUCCCAUUAACCGCUCGGAAAAAUGACAGCACGGAAGUCUGGCUCUCGGCUAGAGACGGAGAUAGAAAGAUGCCGCUCAGAGUGUCAGUGGGACAAAAUACCGGAGCUGGUUCGACAGCUGUCGGCCAAAUUAAUAUCCAACGAUGACCUGGGCGAGCUACUUCUGGCAGAAUGUAAGCUCCAGACGUACCUGAAGGAGAACCCCAUUAAGCAAGGUGCCAGCCCAAGGGGACCCCGUCCCAAGCUGGUGGAGGUCAGGAAACACCUGACAGCGGCCCUGGACAGAGGGAACCUCAAGUCGGACUACCUGCAAGAGGCCAGCUUGCUGAUGGCUAAACUCUGCUAUGUGGAGGGAGAGUACAGAGAUGCCUUAGGGCACUAUGGCCGGGUUAGUUUGGACGAGCUACAGCUGGCCGGAGCGCCUGUCUACAGGCUGUCCAUAAUCGCAGAAUCCUACGCUACUAAAGGGUUGUGCCUGGAGAAGGUCCCGACAGCCUCUCCGUCGCUGUCCAAUAACAACACGGGGUCGCCGGUGCUGUCCAAUAGGAGGGCAAGUGAGCGGGACCAGGAAAUCAUCACCUGCUACGAGAAGUCAGGAGACAUCGCCCUGCUCUAUCUGCAGGAGGUCGAGAAGGCGUUGUCAGCCGGGAUGCAGAACCGCAGCCCUAAGCCGGGGCCCGCGGCCCACGACCAGGAGCUGGGCUACUUCCUUGAGACAGGCCUGCAGAGGGCCCACGUCAUCCACUUUAAAAACGGAAACUUAACACGGGGGGUCGGCCGAUUCAGGGAGAUCCUACGGGCCGUGGAGACCCGGACCACCCAGAACCUACGCAUGACCAUCGCCAGGCAGCUAGCAGAGAUCCUGCUGAGGGGGAUGUGUGAACAGAGCUACUGGUCUCCGAUGGAAGACCCGCCCACUGUGUCCCCAUUGGAUGACCCGUCACAACAAGGACACACCCACAGCAACAAGACCUACAGCCUCAGCCGCCGCCCGAGGAUCUACUCCGGAGAGAAUCUCUUUUGUCCUCAGGAGAACACUGAGGAGGCCUUGCUGCUGCUCCUCAUCAGCGAGUCCAUGGCCAACCGAGACGCCGUGCUGAGCCGGAUCCCCGAGCACAACAACGACCGCAUCAUCAGCCUGCAGUCUGCCUCCGUGGUCUACGACCUGCUCACCAUAGCUCUGGGGAGGAGGGGCCAGUACGAGAUGCUCUCUGAGUGCCUGGAGCGAGCCAUGAAGUUUGCCUUUGAGGAGUUCCACCUGUGGUACCAGCUGGCGCUGUCGCUGAUGGCGGCCGGCAAGUCGGCGCGGGCCGUCAAGGUCCUGAAGGAAUGCAUCCGGCUGAAACCCGAGGACCCCGUCAUCCCGCUGCUGGCCGUCAAGCUGUGCAUCGGACCCCUGCACUGGCUUGACGAAGGGGAAUGCUUCGCCAAGAUGGUGGUGGACAUGGGGGAGAAGGCUGCAGAGUUCAGGGCCAAGGGCUACCUGGCCGCCGGCCUGGUGUACAGCCUCAAAGCCACCGACGCAUCCCUGCGAGGCACGCAGGAGGAAUACCAGAGGAAAGCAUUGGGAGCGUUCCAGAGAGCACAGAGUUUAUCUCCCACUGAUCACCUGGCGUCUUUCUACCUGGCGCUGCAGUUGGCUGUCUCCAGACAGAUCCCUGAGGCGCUGGGCUAUGUGAGGCAGGCCCUGCAGCUGCAGGGGGACGACGUCCACUCCCUCCACCUGCUGGCUCUGCUGCUGUCCGCCCAGAAGCACUACCACGACGCCCUGAACAUCAUCGAGAUGGCCCUCUCCGAGUACCCAGAGAACUUCAACCUGCUGUACACCAAGGUGAAGCUGGAGACCCUGUGUAGAGGACCGGAGGAGGCGCUCCUCUCUUGUAAACACAUGCUGGAGAUCUGGAAGAGCUUUUACAACCUCACCAACCCCAGUGACUCGGGGCGUGGCAGCAGUCUGUUGGACAGAGCCAUAGCAGACCGACGACAGCUCAACGCCAUGACUCUGCCUGACUUCAGCGACCCGGACACUGGCGGCUUUCAGGACAGUAGUGCUCUGGGCUUUCCCUCCAUGUUUUAUGUUUGUUCGGUCCACGCUACGUCCAUCGCGGCGAGCCGCGUGGAGCAGGCCCUCUCCGAGGUGGCCUCGUCCCUGCAGAGCAGCGCCCCCAAACAGGGACCCCUGCACCCCUGGAUGACCCUGGCCCAGAUCUGGCUGCAUGCAGCCGAGGUGUACGUGGGGAUGGGUAAGCCGACCGAGGCCACGGCGUGCACCCAGGAGGCGGCCAACCUCUUCCCCACCUCCCACAACGUGCUGUACAUGAGGGGCCAGGUGGCCGAGCUGCGUGGCAACGUGGACGAGGCCAAGCGCUGGUACGAGGAGGCGCUGUCCAUCAGCCCCACGCACGUCAAGACCAUGCAGCGGCUGGGUCUGAUCUUACAGCAGCUCCAGCGUUACAGUCUGUCAGAGAAGGUGCUGCGAGACGCCGUGCAGGUCAACAGCACUGCCCACGACGUGUGGAACAGCCUGGGGGAGGUGCUGCAGGCGCAGGGCAACGCCGCCGCCGCCACAGAGUGCUUCCUGGCCGCCCUGGAGCUGGAGGCCAGCAGCCCCGUGCUGCCCUUCACCAUCAUCCCCCGGGCGCUAUGAGACGCGCACACACACACACACACACACACACACACACACACACACACACACACACACACACACACACACACACACACACACACACACACACACACACACACACACACACACACACACACACACACACACAAA